CUUUGCAUAAUGUCUGACUUUAUAAAAGUAGUGUUUGUUGUUUUAUGCGUGAGUAUGUGCGGUCAGUGCAGAAAGAUAAAACACAGGAUCAGGAGAACAUCAGUACAUCACAAACACGGAACUCCACUUUUCAAGAAGAUGUUGGAUGAAACCAAGACAAAUCAGGUGAAAUCUGACCAUCUACUGCGUGUUGACGAUCAUGAUUUCACCAUGAGACCAGCAUUUGCAGGUCCAGCUGUACCCGUGGGUGUAGAUGUCCAGGUGGAGAGUUUAGACAGUAUAUCAGAAGUAGAUAUGGACUUCACAAUGACCCUCUACCUGAGACACUACUGGAAGGACAAUCGCUUGUCUUUUCCUAGUAAAACCAAUAAAAGCAUGACGUUUGAUGGCCGAUUGGUGAAGAAGAUCUGGGUUCCUGAUGUGUUUUUUGUCCACUCCAAACGAUCCUUCAUCCAUGACACCACCACAGAGAACAUCAUGAUCAGGGUCUACCCCGAUGGACAUGUGCUCUACAGCCUCAGGGUGACAGUAACUUCGGCAUGUAAUAUGGACUUCAGCCGCUUUCCACUGGACACACAGACCUGCACAUUAGAGCUUGAAAGCUAUGCGUACACUGAUGAAGACCUGAUGCUCUACUGGAAGAGUGGAGAUGAAUCUCUGAGCACAGAUGAGAAAAUCUCGCUCUCUCAGUUCCUCAUACAGAAAUUCCACACUACCUCCAGACUGGCCUUCUACAGCAGCACAGGUUGGUACAAUCGUCUAUACAUCAACUUCACUCUGAGGCGUCACAUCUUCUUCUUCCUGCUUCAGACGUAUUUUCCCGCCACUCUAAUGGUCAUGCUGUCAUGGGUUUCCUUCUGGAUUGACCGCAGAGCUGUUCCUGCUAGAGUUUCUUUAGGCAUCACAACUGUGCUCACUAUGUCCACUAUCAUCACUGGAGUCAAUGCCUCCAUGCCCAGAGUCUCCUACAUAAAAGCUGUGGACAUCUACCUGUGGGUCAGCUUCGUCUUUGUAUUUUUAUCUGUUCUUGAAUAUGCAGCUGUAAACUACUUGACCACAGUGAAUGAUGGGGCCAAUCGUAAGUUAAGAGAGAAGUCUGUACCCUGCACAUGUGACAUGUCCCACACAAGGACAGUGAUGCUCAAUGGGACGUACAGUAAACCUGAGAGCAAUGGUGAGGCAGCAUUUACCCAGACUCUUGUAUCAACGGAGGAGGCCACAGAUAAACUGGACCGCAUGGCAGUGCACCUGUCUUUGGAAAGUGAGGCUCCAGGAUACAAGAAAAAGACUCUCAGAGGCUUCAGUAUUAUACAAAACACUCACAUCAUCGAUGCCUACUCGCGCAUUUUCUUCCCAGGGGCCUUUAUAUUUUUCAAUGUAAUCUAUUGGUCAGUGUACUGCUGAGCUGCCU